AACUUGACUCAAAACCCAACAACACUUACUCAUACUCUCAAUCUAAUCCAAUUUUCUCACUUAACACACACAAAGAAAAUGAAACUAAAAAUGGGUCACUCUAAAACUUGUACAACCCAAAUACACGCCCUCCUCAUUCUAACCAUUGUUACAUUGUCUUCCUCCCAAUCAUCCCUCUGCAGGACGUCCUGCGGAGGGAUUCAAAUAAACUACCCUUUAACCAUCGAUGAUGGUUGCGGUAGUCCGUACUACCGCCACAUCUUGGCGUGCACUGGAGACGUCUUACACCUUCGAACCCCUUCGGGUCGGUACCCGGUGAAGUCAAUCAGUUACUCGGAUCCACACAUUUUGGUCUCGGACCCGCUUAUGUGGGAGUGUAAGGAUGAGGAUCGGUUUCGGCCCACUAGGCCUUUUAGCCUUGAUAGUAGUACGCACUUGUCUCUCUCCACCCAAAAUGAGUAUCUUUUCUUUAAUUGCAGCCCUGAUAAGGUCAUUAUGGAGCCAAGGCCGAUGUUCUGCGAGAGGUUUCCUGAUCGUUGUGACACAACAUGUGAUCCGGCAAGCUACUUAUGCCGACAUUUCCCAGAAUGUGCACCAAACAAUAAGGCAUUAAGAGCACUCUCUUGUUGCUCCUAUUACCCUAAGGCUACCGAGUCGUUAAGGAUGAUGUUAAAGCAUUGUGAUACUUACACUAGUGUUCAUUGGAAAAGCGUUGGCGGGUUAGGCACCUCGCAACCCUACGAUCAAGUGCCCGAAUAUGGCGUUAGAGUCGACUUUGAGAUCCCGCUCACGGCGAGCUGCCUCCGGUGCCAGGACCGGGCUAAGGGUGGAGGUACUUGUGGGUUUGAUACGUCAAACCAGGACUUCGUAUGCUUGUGUGAGGAAAGGAAUGUAACUACUUAUUGUAAAGAUCAUCAAGUUGAAAGACACGGUGGACACACUAAAGCAGUCGCAGGGACGGUGACCGUAGCAUCAAUUGCUGGAGUAGGCAUUGGAGCAGGCGUAUGGUAUUUGAAGAAAUUGAGAGCAAAUGCACCUGUUACUCAUGGUGUUCAUACCAACGAAAACAGACUUUUCUAGCUAAUUAAGUAUCCUUUUGUACACUUGUUAACUACGGAGUACGUAUUAUGGCUUAACCACAUUUUUGGUCCCUAAAUUCCUCAUUUAGGUAUUUGUAAACUUUUUUUUUUUUGAAGAAAUGAAAUACAAUCUAUUACUAUGGGUUUACUGUAAAUUAAAUAUUGAAUACUUCGUAUAUGGUAAGUGGUGCGCAAUUUAGAAGGUGGACUAUGGUGCACAUAG